AUGCCCAAGAGGAGGGUCCGCUCCGCCGAGGGGGCGGCGAAGGAGGAGCCCAAGAGGAGAUCGGCGAGGUUGUCAGCUAAACCGGCUCCCGCAAAAGUGGAAACGAAGCCAAAAAAGGCGGCGGGAAAGGAUAAAUCUUCAGACAAAAAAGUGCAAACAAAAGGGAAAAAAGGAGCAAAGGGAAAACAGGCGGAAGUGGCCAACCAAGAGACUAAAGAAGACUUGCCUGCAGAAAAUGGAGAGCCCAGCCUCUGAUGAAGCAGAAGAGAAAGAAGCCAAGUCUGAUUAAUAACCACACACUCAGUCCUGUCAGUGGUCCCUGUUUCCCUUCUUGUACAAUCCAGAGGAAUAUUUUUAUGAACUAUUUUGUAAAUGCAAGUUUUUUAGUAGCUCUGGAAACAUUUUUAAAAAGGAGGGAA